UGCUGCCAUUUCAUCACCUUUGCGAGCACAGCAUCCAUCCUUCCGCUCCCAUAGAGCCUGGGCCUACCUUACUUCGGGCUACUGGGCCAGUGAUGUGCUCGCGGCCAAGCCAAAUAAGGGCUGAUCGGAGCUAAGGCCUUGGUGGGGCGCCCCCUUCCGCCUCCCCAGGCCCGGGCCGAAGAGUUCUGCCAGGCCACGGACAUGGAGGCCAUUUGGCUGUACCAGUUCCGGCUCAUUGUCAUCGGCGAUUCCACGGUGGGCAAGUCCUGCCUGAUCCGCCGCUUCACCGAGGGCCGCUUUGCUCAGGUUUCAGACCCCACCGUGGGGGUAGAUUUUUUUUCCCGCUUGGUGGAGAUCGAGCCAGGAAAACGCAUCAAGCUCCAGAUCUGGGAUACAGCGGGUCAAGAAAGGUUCAGAUCCAUCACUCGCGCCUACUACAGGAAUUCAGUAGGUGGUCUACUCUUAUUUGACAUUACCAACCGCAGGUCCUUCCAGAAUGUCCAUGAGUGGUUAGAAGAGACCAAAGUACACGUUCAGCCCUACCAAAUUGUAUUUGUUCUGGUGGGUCACAAGUGUGACCUGGAUACACAGAGGCAAGUGACUCGCCACGAGGCCGAGAAACUGGCUGCUGCAUACGGCAUGAAGUACAUUGAGACGUCAGCCCGAGAUGCCAUUAAUGUGGAGAAAGCCUUCACAGACCUGACAAGAGACAUAUAUGAGCUGGUUAAAAGAGGGGAGAUUACAAUCCAGGAGGGUUGGGAAGGGGUGAAGAGUGGAUUUGUACCAAAUGUGGUUCACUCUUCGGAAGAAGUUAUCAAAUCAGAGAGGAGAUGUUUGUGCUAGUCAACCCUUAUAUUUUCAAAAAAUACUCUCCCAUUUGAACUUAAAAGUUACCGAAAUAAAUAGAAUCCUUAUGUGACUGAAGAGAACUCAAUCUUUGAAUAACAAAUGAGCCUUCUUCCUAGGGGUGGAGCUCUGACAGGUUCAUGUGUGGGUAGAUAGGGAGUCCAGGUGCUGUGAUUGAGGGACUAAAUUGCUGACAUGGGCUAGAUUAGACAUUGUUUUAUGGCCCAGGCUUGGCAAUGAUUGCUCUGUGUGCCCUUUGUGAACCACAUAUUAAGGGUCUGGGGUUUUGGAAGUUAGGUUCCAGGAAAACAUAUCUACAGAGAGAAAAACUGUUCCUUGGUAUUUUAACUUUGCAGAUGUGGUGACCAUAAAGAAACAUGUAGAAGGAAAUCAAGUAUCAAAUUGAGGACAAUUAGAAUAACUGAAAGAAGAGUAUGGUAUCAAUUUAUUCAAUGAUAAUACCAUGCCAGAUGUGUCCUGGGUUUGAUACAAACACAUUAAUUCACUUUUAACAGUUCAACUGUAAAAUGAAAGGCCCAUAUGAAUUAUCUAUUCAGUAAGGCCCUUACAAGGUUGAGCAGUCUAGUAAAAAUGAUGUGAUUAUGAAAAGGGAAGUCAUUCACACCUUGCUAUUAAUCACAUUUGAGAAAGUGUACACUCUCAAGAUAGAGUUACGAACUGUGUGAAAGAAACUGUCCCGUGUAAAAUGACCAUGUAUGUCCUCUAACCAUACCUGGACUUUCACUGCAUCAGCGAACUACAAUCUGAAAGGAAGCAUACUGUCUGCUUCUUUAGGCACUGACAGUGACAACACAGAGAUUGUCUACAAAGAACCCUGAGUCAAGUCCUUGAUCAUUGGUUCUGUACUGAAUAUUUGCUCAACAUGUGGCCCUGGAACCCUUAAAAAUCCUGCAUAUUGAUUUACUUCACCUAUUUGAUCACCGUAAUAGUCCUGUGAGAUUUUUAUUUACCCCAUUUUACAGAAUAAGAAAGCAAAAACCAAGUCUACCUGAUUCCUAACUUUUUUCACUGGAUCAUAAUGCUGUUACAUGAAUAAAUAAUUAGUUAGCUUUGGAAGUCAUGUGAUUAUAAAUUAAUGUUCUCUACAUGAUAGGAUAUGUUUUCCUUAUUGUUUUACAGCUCAACUAUAAUCCUGCAGGAAUCUAGGAAUGAAUCAAAGGUAAAGCCCAUUCAGGUAUUAUUGACAAGAGGGCAUUAAAUAAGGGAUUAACUGCACAUCUGAAAACACAUUAAAACUGUGUGGGCUAAGUGUUCUUCUCACAAACUAAACAUUUUAUUGAAAGGAACCAAAUACAACAAUGGGGAGUGGGAUGCGGAUAAAGUACUCAUCCCACAAUAACCUUGGCCACCUGUCUGCUAUGUACCUACACUGGGUUCCUGUCUACCCGAGAGAGUCAGCUCUUAAUUCUCAGGUGAACAGACAGCUAACCACAUCAGCAAAUUAGAAUGGCUGACAUGAAAAUUUAAUUAUCUUCUUGAAAAGAAGUGAUGCUUUAAAUUACUUUUUGGAUUGUAGCCAGUUCAGCUAGGCAAAAGCCAUACUUUUCACAGUAAGAAAACUAUUCUGAUUAGAGUCAAGUUUCUCAUAUCCGUUGUGGUAGAAAGAUCGGCAAACUGUUUUUGCAAUAUCCUAUUCAAGUUCAGUAUGAAUAUGUGUGCAUCAAAAAGUCUGGGAAUUUGUUUCAGCUAAAAUAAACCAAAUAAUACAAGAGCAUAUUGCCACCUUUGCUCCAAUUUGGAUAACCAAAUCAUCUUAGACCAAUUCACAUCAUCAACUGCAGGUGAAGUGGUCAUUUAUUCUAUAUUCAUUUCACACAGUUUAAAUUGCCAGCUUCUUGGUUGUAGAAGGCAAGGCAAACAACAUUUUUUGUGAGUUGACACAAAAUUUCAACAAUUAUACUUGUGUCUAGAUUGUUCCAAAGUUAGGAUUAUCCUGUGGAUAAAUGAGAGUUGACUAUAUUCUUGUCAACUUAGAAAAGGGUGUGGGGUGUAGAAAUAAAACAUGUCUACAGCUUUCUUGACAAAACUACAUUAAUAUACUUUCCCAUUCCUGACUUUUUUAAAAUGCGGGUUUCAAAAUACCCAACAUAGAUGCAACAGAGGUGGCUGAAUUUAACUGCUUGAAUAAAUUCUAGAAAAAUCUUAAAAUCAUUUUAGUAGAAUUCAGUACUAUUGUCACUGCAAUAAAUGGGUUUUAGAAAAUAAGUGUGAAAAAUCAGGUGUUCAUAGAAUACUGAGGAUAAAGCUUUAGAAGCUAUUUUCCUACAUAGGUAAAGAAAAGAUUAACUUGUAACAAUGAUCACAACUGCAUGUUGGAUUAGACUGUCUUAUAUACCAGAACAAAAUGUACUGUAUUCUUUGCCUCACUUUGUUGUGCACUGUAAUGAAAUGUGAAAAAUUCUUUAUUUAGAUGUAUGUGAAUGAAAAUGCUUGUAUUUAGUAAAAUGGUUGAUUAUG